GCUCCACCGGUGCUCCCGGCCCUAGCCGCAGCUAUGCUGCAUACGGAGGGCCACGCUCUUCUUCGGGCCGUGGGUCAGGGUAAGCUACGCCUGGCCCGCUUGCUUCUGGAGGGAGGAGCCUACGUGAACGAGGGGGAUGCCCAGGGGGAGACUGCGCUAAUGGCGGCCUGCCGGGCCCGCUACGACGACCCCCAGAACAAGGCACGGAUGGUACGCUACCUCCUGGAGCAAGGUGCGGACCCCAACAUUGCCGACCGCCUGGGGCGCACGGCGCUCAUGCACGCCUGCGCCGGGGGCGGCGGCGCCGCAGUGGCUUCGCUGCUUCUGGCCCACGGCGCGGACCCCUCGGUCCGCGAUCACGCAGGGGCCUCCGCGCUGGUCCACGCCCUAGAUCGAGGGGAUCGAGAGACCCUCGCCACGCUGCUGGACGCCUGCAAGGCCAAGGGCACGGAGGUCAUCAUCAUAACUACCGAUACCUCGCCCUCGGGCACCAAGAAGACGCGGCAGUAUCUCAACUCGCCACCGUCCCCGAGGGUGGAGGACCCCGCACCCGCACCCCAGAGUCCGGGGGUCUGCACGUCGCCCUCGGAGAUCCAGCUGCAGACAGCCGCAGGAGGUGGAGGGGGAGGAGGAGGAGGGGCCGGAGGAGCAGGAGCAGGAGCAGGAGGAAGAAUGGGACUGCUAUCCCCGAGAGCGCAGGAGGAAGAGGAGAAGCGAGACGUCUUUGAAUUCCCUCUUCCGAAGCCCCCAGACGACCCCUCCCCUACGGAGCCACUCCCCAAACCGCCUCGACACCCCCCGAAACCGCUCAAAAGGCUCAACUCCGAGCCCUGGGGGCUCGUGGCCCCUCCCCAGCCGGUCCCCCCCGCCGAGGGCAGGCCGGGGGUGGAGCGUUUGACGGCCGAAUUCAACGGCCUGACCCUCGCCGGGCGCCCGCGACUCUCCCGGCGGCACAGCACCGAGGGCCCGGAGGACCCACCCCCGUGGGCGGAGAAAGUGACGGGCGGGGGGCCGCUGUCGCGCAGGAACACCGCCCCCGAGGCUCAGGAUGCCCCUUCAGGGUUGAGGCAGAAACUGAGCCGCCUGGAAGCGGUGGAGAUGGAUGCCCCGGGACAUCUGUGCUCCGAUUCCCCGGAGCCCAGCCGCCCGUCCCUGGAGCGCCGCCGGUACAGCGCCUCCCCGCUGACCCUCCCGCCCGCGGGCUCGGUCUCCUCGCCGCGCCAGUCCCAGGAAAGUCUACCCGGGGCGGUGUCGCCACUGAGCGGAAGGAGGCGGAGUCCCGGGCUGCUGGAGCGGAGGGGCUCGGGGACGUUGCUCCUGGACCACAUCUCGCAAACCCGGCCGGGUUUCCUGCCCCCUCUCAACGUCAGCCCCCAUCCUCCCAUCCCCGACAUUCGUCCGCAACCGGGAGGUCGUGCGCCUUCACUGCCUGCCCCCCCUCAUGCCGGGGUGCCAGGCUCUCCCAGGACCAAGCGCAAGUUGGUGAGACGCCAUUCCAUGCAGACUGAGCAGAUUCGCCUGCUAGGGGGCUUCCAGAAUCUAGGUGGGCCUGGGGAACCGGGGCGCUGAGAGACUGGAAGGAGCCAACAGGACCAGGACCUCCAUGAGGGCAGGUGGAGCAGGAGCUCCAACCACUGACAUGGGGAUCGAUUGCAUGUGUUCAUGGCACUGUGCGCGCACACACACAAGGGCAGACAUGUCCACAAA